CACGGCUAUCGCAAAGGCAGAUAUUAUCCCCGCGGGAGAAUUGCAAGUCACGGCGGUACGAUAUCGCGAGCAGCCAUAAACAUGUUGCUGUGCUGCGCCACCGGUUCAGCAUACGGUACCCUACUGCACGUGGGGAUUUGUAUGACACUCGUACAGCACCUUUUAUGCAUGGGUGUCGUAGCCUUGCGCUGCGAUAUUCAGUAUGAUACACACAACUCGUGCCCGGGGCCUACAGUACCCACUGCACUGCAGAUAUCAGACUGUGCCUAACAACUCUGGCAUACGCGGGGCAGAGUACUGGUAUGCGCCAUCCCUAAAUCCACGGUAAUAAACGACUACCGCUAACACACUGUGAUCUCCCGACAGGAUGCCCGCGCCUCCCCCGGCCAACCGCGCAGUUCAACCAACCGGUGUGAUUCACAAUAAAUCACUCGGUAUUCGAGCCCACCUCCAUCCCUGGGCAAAACAUCACAUGAUAUGCGAGAGAGAAGAGAUAUACCAAGAUGGGGGGAAGAAGCAAGAGUCAAAAAACAGGGCAAAAAACGUAAAACAGUUCGAGUUUACCCUGUGAACCCCAUUCGCGGGUCCCGACCAGAUGGGUGGAUACGUUCAACGAACCAAGAAUCUAGGGACCAAUAUUUUUUGUUACUCCCACCAUUGGUGGAUCCGGGAAUUCCCUGCUGUGGAGCCGCCUGCACGGUAACUGUAUAGAAGAGCUUGGAAGUCUGGUACAGUAUCAUACCAGUAAUGCUCCCCCAGGCAGAAAACACGAACUUGCCAAAAAAUCAGUCCGGCCGCCGCUCUGGGGGUUCCAGCGUUUUUACCUACAACAUCCAUUUUUAUUUCCCCAGCGCUUCCCAUUGUCCCUUUCUGGCUCUCCUGAGGAUCGCCUCGUGCACAUCGCUGCUGAAUAUAGAUAGCCAUUGGCAAAUUUCAGAGGAUAUCGUGGGGGGACUUCUCCGGUGAAGUUUUGAGAGGGGGGCUCUUGUUUAUGAGCGCUAUGGGGAGAAGGGCAGCCCCAUAAAUGCCUGAGUAGUAAGUAGCAGGCAGCAGCAGCAAUAC